UCUCUAGUUUGGGGAUAACAGAAUUUGUGGCUGACUUGAUGAUAAUCAUCCCCGUUACGGUCAAGAUGUGAAGACGUUUACGAAAUUGUGUCUACAUACAUUUACCUAUUUAGAUCAAGUAACGAGGAAACAUUUACCUAUUUUUAUAUUUUUUGAAUAAUUAUCUAUUUAUUUCUUUUCAAGUUAAAAUGUAUAAUGAACUCUAGAGCCACUAACUUCCAUACCUGUCACUGGUGUUGUCCCAUGUCCCAACUUCAACUAACCACCUCUCAUUCCUCAUCUUUCUUCACCGCAGUACACAAACACAGAGACCACCACCAUUCACGUAUCUACGUCAAACCCCCUACAACCUUCAAAAGCUUUCUUCUCCAUUCUUGGUCCAAUCCCAUUUCAAAGCACAUGACUUUAUACCUGAGCUCCCCACCAUGGCUCUCUAGCCCAUCUCCACUCCUCCCCCCUCAUACCAACACCAACUCCUUGUUCUUCAGACUCAGCCUCACUUCAGUCUGCUUCCCGAAGUUCAUUACAACAAAGGCGUCGUCUUUGGGCGAGAGUGAGAGCGCUAAUGGGACUGCGGAGGACUCUGUUUCUGAGCUUUUGGACGAUACCUUGUUAAGUAGAGUUUCAGGUGCUAAAGAUGCCCAAGAAGCACUAAAGACGUUUGAUGAAAUGGCUGAGAGCAAAAAUGGGGGUGUCGUGAGUGUUUCUGAUUGUUGUAAUAUUAUCUCGGCUGCCCUGAAAAGGAACAACCCGGAACUGGCCCUCUCUGUUUUCUAUGAAAUGCGAGCCAGUUUUGAUCAAGGUGUUGAUGAAAAUGGGCCCGGCUGGAAGUGGUCCAGACCAGACGUGAGUGUUUACACAACAUUAAUUCUGGGUCUGGCUUCAUCACUAAGAGUUUCCGAUGCCAUUAAGGUGAUCAACAAUAUAUGCCGAGUGGGAGUGUCUCCAGCUGAGGAGGUCCCUUUUGGAAAAGUUGUGAGGUGUCCAAGCUGUAUGAUAGCUGUUGCUGUUGCACAACCGCAACAUGGUAUUCAGAUAGCAUCGUGUGCAAAGUGCUCCUACCAAUAUGAACUUGUUUCUGGGAACAUAGACAGCAUUGUGUCAGAAGAAAUCGGCAUGGAUACUCCAGCUUGGAAAAGGGCACUGAGAUUCCUGCAGAUAUUGAAGGAAAAGAUUCCUGCUGCUGUUCACUCCAUUGUGGUCCAAACCCCUUCAGGUAUGGCUCGUACACAUAGGUUUGCCACUGAAACAGUUGAUCUCCCAGCACAGGAAGGAGAAAGGGUAACCAUUGCUCUUGCAGCGCCACUAAGUGUAUAUAGAGAGUUGGGUCCCUUCAAACUUAGUCCAAAGGCCCCUAAUUUUUACCCCAGUGAACCUAUCUGCUUGACAAACCAUGAAGAUGGCCGGGAGUCCCAACUAUUAAGAGCCCCUACAAAAGAUGGUGGCACGUUGCUUACAAACCCUUCCAUACUUUUUCCAAUUGUUGCUGUUCUGGCCAGUGGCAAUGCUGCCUCUGGAGUAAUAGACCCCAGCCUCCCUCAAUUCAUUUCUGUCGCUGCAGUAACAUCUCUUGCUGUUGGAGUUACCCUCAAAACAUUGGUUUUGCCCCAAUUGAAUCGUCUUCCUCAGAGAGUAGUGGACACGGUUGCUAUCAAACAGCAGCUAUUAUCUCAAUAUGAUACACUCCAAUCUCGUCUAAAGGGCCUUAAAGAAGCUGCUCAAAAAGAGGUCUGGAUGUUGGCUCGAAUGUGCCAGCUUGAGAACAAGAUUUAUGCUGUAGGAGAGCCUUCUUAUCGUGCUCGGAGAAGUAAAGUCAAAAGGGUUCGAGAAGACUUGGAAAAUUCUCUCAGGGGAAGAAUUGAGCUGAUUGACAGCUAUGCGAGGAUUUCUUCCAUGAUCGAAAUUGAGGUAGAAUUGGACUCUGAUGUUCUUGCUGCUGAACAAGCAAGCAAUGUGGAGAGUAUUGCGGAACAAAUACAACAAACCAUGGAACUAGAAAAUCUUGAAGAGAGAUGGAGAAUACAAGUAGAAGCAAAUGAUGAAGCAGAAAGACUUCUUAGUUCCCAACCACUACCCACAGAACAGAUGUAGGAUUUUAUCUGUGGUGUAUCAUGCAUUUCGUCCAAAAUGUUGUAUUGGUUGGAUGUUGGAUCAAUCCAAGGGCAUGCACAUACUCUUACAUUCUACAGAACACUGCCGAUCGAUUAUAGUUUGUUCAAUGAGGUCCGGCCUUUUUUAUGGCGAACGAAAUCAUUAAGUGGCAUGACCGAAGAUGGAAGACUUGGUUCAACAAGUCAUUUCAGUGGUCGACUUGUAUAGUAAAUGAAGAAUGAACUAGCGCACACUAACUUACUUUUUAGAAUACAUACGAAGCUAAAUAGCCCUCCUUAUUUUUACCCAAACAAUCUCAAACGUGAGAUAUUGUAUUCCUUCUUUUUCCGGUCUGAGAGACUGAUAUGCCAUAAUCUGUUACUUGUACGGUGUAGAACUUAGUCAUCAACUCGGUAACACCGUAACAACAUGAAAUUUUCACCUCCGUUGUAUAGUCUUAAAAUUCGAUCUAACGA